AUGGCUGAGCAGAGCACAGCAGCAUCACUUGGUUUAACCAUUGAUGGGUUUUCUGGAGACUACAGCCCUUCAGCAUUCCCAGAGGAAGAUGAUGAAUCUGAACUUGCUUCCUUCACACAUUACCUGUUUCUCUUUGCCUGUCUUUUCAUUAUUACCCUUGCAAUAUUCAUAUGUGGCCUGGUGGGGAAUGCAAUUGUCAUCUGGUUUCUCUGCUUCAUCAUGAAGAAGAAUCCCAUCACCACCUACAUCUUGAACUUGGCUGUAGCUGAUUCUUGUGUCCUUGUAACUUUAGCACUUGCAAUUUCAGCUAGCUUUUGGGAUAUAGGAGGAGUUUCCUUUGGGCUUUGUAUUGAACUGUUUAUUUCCACACAUGUCAUUAGCUUAUAUCUACUGACAGCCAUCAGUGCCGAGAAAUGUCUCUCUGUUGUCUUCCCAAUCUGGUAUCGAUGCCACCGUCUAGAACACCUGUCUGAAAUUGUUUGUGCAUUUAUAUGGGUAAUGUCCAUUCUGGUCUUUGGAAUCUAUCACUUUUUCAUUUCAACUGAAAAUGCAGACGUUGACAUAAUGAUUUGUGUCAUUCAUACUAUCAACUCUGUAUUUUGCACACUUGUAGUGGUGAUCUGUACUGUGAUCCUUUUCAUCAAGUUCUGCUGCAGUUUACAUCGACGCCAACGAGGAAAGUUCUACACAGCACUCUUGCUUGCUCUUCUUUUCUUCCUCAUUUUUGGUGUUCCACUCAGUGUCAUAAUAACUGUUCAAUAUCUUCUUCCUGAUAUUAAUAUAAUAAUGGCAUUAUUUGGAGUAGUAUCUGCUGUUAUCAACAGCAGUGUUAAUCCAUUCAUUUACUUCUUAAUUGGAAGGGAAAAGACGCAUCGAUCCAGAGAACCCUUGAAGGUGGUGCUGGAAAGAGUUUUUAGUGACAAAGCUGAUUGCAGAGAAGAUCGGAGUCUUCCAGCCACAACAGAUUCAAUGAUGAUGACUCCUUAA